AGCAGCUCUUGCCUUGAGUGGCUGCUCUGGGCUCUGUCAGACCCCCCUUCUGCAAGUAAAGUGCAUGAGAUCUCACAUGAUCACCCGGCGGCAGUGUGAGCCUCUCAUGAAUACAUCAUCUGCAAGAUAAGUGCUGGUACCUGCACACCCUCUGCGGGUGUAAGCACCCACCCUUGAGAUAUAGAUCUGUAGACAUUUAUAGAGUAUAUGUGUAUGUAUACUGAAUCAAUUUACAUAGCAGGGACUGCACAGAUUGCAAUACACUUGCAUUGUGCCUGCUUCAUGCUACAGCUAUAAGCACUGAGACAUUUGCUUUAUAAGGGGUGGGACUUUUGGGAUUUUACUCCAUCCUACAAAAGCUUUUUUUUUUUUUUUUUUUCCAAACUGACUUUUAACCCUUAAGGCAGUGCAAACCCUCCCCGACUGCUGAUGUAUUUAAAUUUUUUUCUCUUUUUUUUUUUAUUUUUUUAUUUCUACGUUUCCUCUAAAGCAAAGGGAGCAGCUGCGGUUGCUGUGAAGCUCAUGUAGAAGACGGCUUUUCAUGUGUCUGAUGUUGGAGAUCGUGGCUCAUUUUAUUUAUUUCAAACUGUUUCCUGCUCUUACAAGUUGAUCUCCCGGGGACUGGACAGCUUUGCAAAGAAUAAAAAAGACUUUUUCACUCUCGUUGAUGCCUACGGCAAUAUCUGGACCUCAUCUUUAUGUAUGUGGCUUUUUAUGCAGAAGGAUUUGUUGCAUUUGCUGGAGUUUGUUGUUUGUAUUUUUUUUUUUAUAUGAAAGAAAUUGAUUUGCAUCCUGUUCAUUGAGUUUGGAGUAAAACAUCACACACUUUCUAGGAUUACUCUAUUUCCUUGUUUCUUAACUAUCACCCUGCUCAAAGGAAGGACAAGGGCAGAGGUGGGGGGUGAGGAUACAUAAAGUACCCCAAAGACAUAGGACUGCUCAGAAAGACUGCAGCACAGCUACUUCACAAUAGUGUCUUUGGAGAUUGGAACUGCAGGAUUUUUUAAAGAGGUUUGGAUGAAAAAACCUCAAAUAAGCAGUGAAAAAAAAAAGCAGUUCUGCAUCAACAAACCAGUGCUCCUAAAGCAUCCUGCUCUGUGUAAUUGUGCAAAUAUAACCAGCAAGUAUCCUUAACACCAAUUCUUGCAUAGAAUAACUUUCUUUAGCCAGAGGUGGCAUUUAUAUCUUGGACUAAGCAGGAAUCAAGUGAACGGCAAGUUGAACCACAUACUUUGUUUAAAGUGCUUGUGGGGGGUUGGCAUCUGGCUGUUGCUGUUUCGUAAGGUCCCCCCUUGGGGAAUGUGUCCCUUGAUUCCUUACCCUGCCCUGUGUGCAGGGAGCUUCGUGUGAAUGUUCACCACCCUGCUUCUCCUGCUCUCAGUAGCAGCCACAGAAGCUCUACGGCCUCCAGCACCUCCCUAAAUCGGGUUAUCUCUCCCAUUGCGGUAACAGUUAUCCAGUCCUUAAAACUCCAGAAAAGCAGCAGCCCUCUCUCUGCAUAUUCUCGUCCCUUUGCUGCUCAAAUUAUCUCGUUAGUCUCUAUCUUCUCCUCUCGCGCCCCCUCUUUUUGGCCGGGAGUGAUGUUGCACGUGGAGAUGUUGACGCUGCUGUCUCUGCUGCUGUGGAUGUGUGUUUGCAGCCAGGAUCCUGGCUCCAAGGUAGUUGCUGAUCGCUAUGCGGUGUACUGGAACAGCACCAACCCCAGGUUCAUGAGAGGAGACUACCAUAUAGACGUCUGUAUCAAUGAUUACCUAGAUGUGUUCUGCCCACAUUAUGAAGAUUCCGUGCCUGAAGAUAAAACGGAACGUUACGUUUUGUACAUGGUAAACUUCGACGGCUACAAUUCAUGUGACCAUACAUCUAAAGGCUUUAAAAGAUGGGAGUGUAAUCGACCUCACUCCUCUAAUGGACCUCUAAAGUUUUCAGAAAAAUUUCAACUUUUUACACCAUUUUCACUGGGAUUCGAAUUUAGACCAGGCCGUGAAUAUUAUUAUAUAUCCUCCGCAAUUCCAGAUAACGGAAGAAGGUCCUGCUUAAGACUCAAAGUUUUUGUACGACCAGCAAACAGCUGUAUGAAAACUAUAGGUGUUCAUGACCGUGUUUUCGAUGUUAACGACAAAGUAGAAAAUUCAUUAGAACCAGCAGAUGAUACAGUUCAUGAAUCCGCUGAGCCAUCCCGUGGUGAAAAUGCAGCACCAGCGCCAAGCAUACCAAAUUGGCUUUUGACAUCCCUACUAUUUCUCCUGGCGAUGCUUUUGACGUUAUAGCACAGAAUACUUCGCAAACCAGCUGCAGAAAAAAAAAAAACAGGGUCUUGAACCAUCAUAGAUCCACUAACUGCUUCAUCCAAGAAAGGAGCUUUCUAAUAUUAUUUUGCUGAGUUUGAAAUUGCGUUUUAUUUGCUCUUUUGGAUUUUCCCUCCAUCUCCAAGUGAACAUUCAGAAGAAUAUUUACCGUACAUUCACUUUUUUGACUUUCAUCUUUACGCAACAGAAAUGACUUUUUAAGAAAAUGCCAAAUUUCCAUAGCAGCACUAGCAAAUCUGAUUUCCCCCCUGCAUCUCAUUUUUAUAUGAUCACUUAUGUUGGCUUGCUGUAUGUGGUAUGGUUUUAAUAGUGGCAAAUGCUACUUUUAAAGGAUAUUGUAUUUAAGCAAAAAUAAUCUGCAAAGGAUUUCUCAACUGUUCUAUAUGUAUGCCUUUUUAGAACUGCAGACCGAUCAGGCCAAAUAUUAAAUCACAUACGUCCGAACUGAAGAGGAGCCGUUAUAAACAUGUAGAAAUCAUUUUCAUGGGAUUUAUUUGGCCAUCAUGCAUUGAGAAGAAAGGGUUUUAUGGUUGUAAUUGCUGAUUCCAUGGCUAAAUUAAACACUCACAACUGCACUACAGUUUAAUCAAAAGGAUUUCAAGUAAUCCAUGUUGAAAAUGAAGGUUUUUAUUUUUUUGCUGUAACAUUCUAAACUAAGAGCAGAAAGUGUCAAUCAUUUCUAAAGUAGGCAGUGCAUACCAGAAAUAGAUCUCCAUGGUGCUAUAUUUGUUUUUUUUGCUGUUAUUGUAUAACUCAGAAGCUUUUUAUAUAUAAAACAACCUUAUAAACGGUUAAAAAAACAGCAUAGGAAGCAGCCACUGGGCACACUUUUGAGUCACUAUAACUAUAAAGGUCAGCAGUAUGACUGUUUUUGAUAGCACUGGAUUUAAUUUGUGUCUGGUAUUGACCACAUAAAGACCCUGGGAACAAGCAAAAAGAGGGUUAAUAUUCAAGCAAGAUAUGUAUGACUAACAGUAAAAUAUGCAGAGAAAAACAUCUGUUGUUGAAAGGUACAGUCAAGAACUGUAUUUCUCUUUAUUUCCCUUUCAUCAGCAGUUUUACAUUUAGUGAUUAAGCAGAUGUAAUGUACAUUAUACUACUGCAUUACAUAAACUCUAGCACUGAAUGGUAUUAAUGUUAGAUGGUCUUAAAAUUUGCAAACUGGUAUAAGUCAAUGGGCUCCCAAAGACAUUUACAGAAUAUUUGUUAUAACGAAAACAACUACUAGAGAAGACCUGUUAGAAUACUAAGCCUAAAUACAUCAGUGUGAAACAACUUAUUUAAGUAGAAUAAUAUUAAAGCUGACUUUGGUCCAGAUGGGAUUUAAGAAUAAGUCUUAUCAUGAACUUUCAAAUGUGGAGACUUAAAUACUGUUCAGGGUGCCUUGAUUUUUUUUAAUAUAAAUAUAUAUAUAUAUAAAUUGAAGUAUAGCAAGAAUACAGCUCAGACACUACAUAUUCACCAAAUGUACAUUAAAUAAUAAAGUCUUUUAAAACUGUGAUUAUGUUUAAUAUGAAAAAAAAACUAAAAAUAAUCAAAUACAAUAAUACUUUUAAUAUAUUUUUUAAAAACAAUGUAGACAUACAGAAAGUGAACAGUUAGUGAACUACAGUAUCUGACUCUGGCCAAUAAGUAUUUAGUAGACUACAGAAUACAGUGAAAGAUUGUAAUAGAGCCGUUAAAAUUCAUACGCAGGGUUGCUUUCAUCUAGUACAUAGUAUUAUGCAAUUUUUUUUAAAUCAUAUGUUCAACAAAAUACAAUAAAGCACAGAAUUAUGCAUUGUGGAAAUGACUUAAGAAUUACAUUUAUAUAUAUAUUAAUUCUUCAGUUGCUAGAGGGGGCUGUAGCUGCAUACAUAUAUUGGACAACGGUUUGAAGGAAUUGGAUAAUUAGUAUAAUUUAAUUGAUAUAAAGUGUAAUAAUUAAAUGGUCAGUUAAACAGGGGUAGCUUCAUAAUUAAGGAAGAUCAAGAUAUUAUUUGAUUGCCAUGACCUCUUUGUAUACAAGUAUAAUAAUUUAUUUCCACGAUUAGGAAGAGGGAUAACAAGAAAUAACAAAUUUAAAAGCUUUUUACUGAAUAAAUUAUAUUUAAAUAUACUGUAUAAGAAUUAAGUGAAAAUAAUACCUAUAUAAAUUCGCAAUGGGGAUUAAGAUACAGUGCUCCUAAAAUAUCUCCAUCUGCAUCUUGUUGACAAACUCCAUUCUUGCCUUACUAAAGUUGAUAUUAGGGAAGAUACAUAUUUCUAAAUGAUUAAGGAUGUGUACAUUAAAGGGACAUGGCACACUUCGAGAUGGCAUACAAUUUCAUUAUUUAUUUUGACCAUUUUUCUGUAAUUUAACUCUGAAAGUUGUGGGUUUUCCAAGUCUAAGAACUGGAAAUACAUACUUCAGAAUUCAUAUUCUACCCACGUCUUAUCCAGUAGCAAUUCACGAUUUACUUCUACAAAUAAAGUAAGUGGUGAGGGGACAUUGGAAGAACAAUUGCAGCAAAUAUGCUGUAAAUGUGUUCAGAAAAUAUUCACACUUCAUCGGUAUGCUAAAUUUUUAUGUUAAAUUUUUGCAAUGCUACAGAAAUUUGUUGGUCUACAUUUUCCUCUCUUAUUUGUAUUCAUCACCCAGCAAAGAUUUUAUCAUUGGAAAAAGCCAUUAACAGGGCUAGAAUAAAGUUUGUCUAUGAACUGCAGAACGUUUAAAAAGGUAACAUGCCAAACAACCUUAUAACAUUGAUAUGUAACCUCAUAUUGCCUUAUACAUUUACAAUCAUUUUACAGGCAUCAUCCCUUAAAAAUAUGAAACUUAAAUAUCAUUGUCUGAAAAGUUAUCUUGGAAAAAUAUUAUUAUUUAAUUUAGUGUGUUAGAAAAGGUUGGAUUAUGUAAACAGGAGCAAUAAUGCCUGCUAAAAAUUACUAAAAAUCAAAAUCAGCUUUAAGGAAAUUUACUAGCCUUAACUUUAUUUUAGAAAUGUUCAUUUUUAAUGGCUCCUAACCAUAAUUUGUCAUUGAAAUGUUAAAAAAAAACACUUUUAUAUAUAUUUUUUUUCCUAUGACACUUUCCAUUCUUUUGAACAAAAUUGUGAAAAUUGUUCAUCGAUAGACUUCAGUAGAUUGAGAACUAUAUGUUUUUGUGUUUGUGAAGCUACCUGGCCCAUGGAUGGAUCUUCAGCUGAUUGGAUGUUGGUAACAAUAAAAAAACAAGAACAUGCAGUAAAUUACGGAGCACUGAAAAUUUGUCAUUGUUGUCUAACUGAAGGAUGUAGGGGUUAAGUUGAAGUCACUCAUUGCACUUGAAUUCUGAGGGACUAGCUCUUAUAAGUCUCUUUGGCUUUCUCUCCUUUUUCCCCUCACUUAAUCAACUUUCUCUUUGUUCUUUCUUUCUCCCUGUGAACAGUUCUGGCCCAGGAUGGUAAUUAGUAACUUAUUUCCCUGGUUGCCAAAGACUUUGCAACUUUAAGCAGGGAUUAAGCAUCAGUCUUUUUUGGUGGAUACUGUGUAUCCUUUAAUACACAAGGUAACAUUUCAUGUUAGAUUAGAAUAUUAUUUUAUAUUGUACCUUCUUGGAUGGCAACGAUAAAAAGAUAACAUAAAAGAAACAAAAAAAAAGUUAAUAAAUAAAAUUCUUUAAAUUCUGUAUUAUUAGCAACCUAUGUUGUAUAUAGUGUUUGAUAAUAAAGUAUUAAUUCGA